GAUGUGAUCGUGCAAAACACAUGUGAGCAUCGACGUUUCAAUCAGCAGAUCUCCACCGUCCACGUAAUCAUUUAACAGCUACUAGUUCCCUCUAAUUAAACGCUGCCACUAUACAACUUCGACUUAGCUCGGAAACUGAAAGCGAAGAAGCAUCGAGGUGGAAUCGGCGACUAAGGAAGAUAAACUCAAAACGCUAACAUUCUCAAUUCAUCUUUCUCCAUAAAUCAGGUUAACUUUCAUUCAGAUCUUGAUCGAUCCGAAUGAAUAAUUUACAAACUUAAUCAAUCUUGAUCGAAACCAAUUGCAAGGAACUGAAUUUCCUUCCGUUUACAUGGGAGAGAGGGUGGAUAUGUCUAAUUCGAGCAUGAGCUCUAAUUCUAAACAAAACAGUGCUAUUACUGGGAAAAAAUGGUACGAAAAACAGCUUGUUGCAUCGCGUCCCAAAGGAUUUGCACAAAGAUUUUCUGAGCCCCUUGUUUCAUUGAGGCAUGGUGACUUUAGGACUAGUGUGGGGCGUGCUGCAUUUUUUUUAGUUAAAGUUGCUGCUUUAGAGACUGUAAGGAGGUUCUCCAAGAGUAGAUGCCCGUGUGUGUGGCGAGGCUUGCAGGGUCUUCAAAUCCUUGUCUACAGACCAUUUCAAUGGUGUCGGAGGUGGGCUGCCUUCAGGAGUUUGGUCAAAAGUAUGGAGGAACUAUCAACACCAUUAAUUGUCCUUUCCAUUGCAACUGCCUUUACUGAUCAACUAGAAUGUAGUGAUGGAACCUCAGAUUAUAUUACCGACUCUCGUGAUUCAGAAAUAUCUGCAGCAGAACCAUCUCCUGAGCAGAAUAAUUUGAACACUAGUCACCUCGAGAGAGCUCCUGAAGUUUUAGAAUAUGAAAAAUGGUUGACUCAACUUGAUCAAGAGCUGGAAAAUCAAGGAAUUAGUUUGCCUGAAAGAAUCAAUGAUGAUGAGCUCCACAGAUUUUACGCAGCUUCUAAUAAUGACUUUUCAUGCUUCCUUACCUCAAUCAAGAAGACAAUACAUUGGCGGAAGUAUUACAAAAUCCUUUCAGUAGAAGAGCUGGAAAUGUGGUCGAAUAUGGUGUUCUGGCAUGGAUCUGAUUUGUUGCACAGACCUUGUCUCAUUGUAAGGCUUGGGAUGGCUUGCAGCUCAUUGGCAUCCCAAGACAGACCUCAAUUUGCUCGGGCAAUUGUGUCCCAGGUAGAAUAUGGAGUCUUGCACUUAGUUGAUAGAGACAACCCUCAAAUUACAGUAUUGGUGGACUGUGAAGGGUUAUCUCCAUUGAGAAUUCCUAUGCAAAUACUGAGAUCUUGUUCUUACAUUCUGCAAGAUCAUUUUCCUAAUCGUCUUGGCUGUUUGUUUGUCAUACGACUUCCAGCAAUUGCUCGUGUUAUCGCUCAGACUUUUAUUCAGGUUAUAAAACCAGUUACUAAGAAAAAGUUGAAAAUAGAAGGAGAGAUGUACAAGAAGGCUCUUUAUGACAAUCUACCGACCAUACCAUUGUAUCUUGGAGGCGACUGCACAUGCGCGACUUGUUCUAAAAUGGGCAAGCGGGAAAUGGUGCAAUCUCAUGAAACUGGGACGAGCAGCAGUAGGGUUGUUAGGGAGGAUGAUGUCAGUGACAACGAGGAAUUUCCAUCAGUGUGUCUGCAUCCAUCUAUUGAAUUAGAAUUAGAUGACCGUCAAAGCUAUGAGAAAUUGUUGAGAACUGCUGCAAUAAGUGUUCUCGUAUUUAUGAUUGUCAUAGCUCUCUGUAAAGGAAACCUCUAGUAUGUUUUGUCUUUGUGAAUUAGGAGUUGGUAAUGUUUCAAAUUCUACUGAUAAAAGAUCUUCAGAUUUGGCACAGCUGCAAUAAAAAACGCGCGUUUAUGGGUUUUAUAA